CAAAGUAUUGCUUAAUUUGUUUAAAUCUUUUGUAUUUUAGAAAUGAGGUUUAGUGAAAUUUUUACAAACAAAAGUCAAACAGAGUUGAAUAAUAAUGAUAUCCUCGAUGAAAACUUACUCUCUCCAAACAAUAUUUUAAAUAAUAAUCCUGAUUUACAGGAAGAGAAAGAAACCGCUAGAUGUAAUAGAUUUAUUAGAUUGAAAGAAAAAAUUCUAUCAAAAUUCUAUCACAAUAAAGAUCAAAACCCCUUUCAUUUUAUCGACUUUAAAUUUAUAACUAAAAGGAAAAAAAAUAAUAUAACUCUUUUUGAUAAUAUUAAUAAUAUCGAUAAUAUUGAUAAUAAUAAUAAUGAUAAUAUUAAUAGUGAUACUACUUAUUAUAGUAGUGAUAUUACUUACAUUAAUAGUGAUACUACUGAAAAUAACAGAGAUGAUAAUAGUGGUAUUGAUAAUAGUAGUAUUAAUAAUAAUGAUAAUCAAAGUGAACUGAAUACCUCAUCAUCCUCUUCUCUUUAUAUUUCUGACGACAAUUCUAUUUAUCGUUUAAGGGAAUCUUUAAAACCAGUGAUUCAUAAUUCAGAGAGUUUAUACAGAACACCCAUAAAUGUAGGUAAUGCAAGCAUAAUUGAAGAAGCUGGAGGAGCUGAUGGAACUGAUGGAACUGAUGGAACCGAAAGAAAUCGUAGAAUAACCAAGAAUGAAGCCAAUGCAAUCAGGUUAGACCGUUUGCCGCUAAUACAAACCUAUACAUAUGAUGGUGGACUAGAAAGACAAGAUGAUGAAAGCUUCUAA